AUGAAAGCCUACCGCUGGAAACUAGGAAGCCUGAACCGACCCUCGGAUGCUGUACCACAGCAGGGACAGGGUCACCUCCUCACCUCGCGCCGCAGCAAGCAACGCUGGCCCGGGCAUCCCCCGACCAUGCACCAAACGCAAGGGACGUCAUCAUUCGCCGGCGACAAUGCGUCUGCGCUGCCGUGCGCGACCUCCCUUUCCUUGCACCAAAUGCCUACCACGACACCCUCAUCCCUCGCCAACGACGAUGACGAAGACCGCCGUGCCAGUCGGGCCUCACGCGUCUCCUCCCUUUCGACGCCGCGCGUUUCCCCUCCCACCACCGCGAUAGCCAAUGGCGAAGACGUCUCCCCGACCUCCGCUCCACCUCCUCCGCGACAACAGCAAUCGCUCGCGACAGCCACAGCCACAGCAGCCAGCAAGCCGGCCAGCAACAACAACAAACCCCACCACAAAUCCCCUCCCUCCCGAUCGCAUCGCUCUCACCAAAGCGACGACCACCACGACCACCACCAUAGCUUCCCACCCGCAGCGGCUGGCAUACCCGACCCUUCGCGCCUUGCGCCCGAGGACGCCAUUUUCCCCCCUCCGCCGCGCAUAUCGCCGCAGGCGGCGGCGUCGCGGCGGGCGCUGGUGCGGUCGUUUGAAGGAGAGGCCGAGGCGGAGCAACACCAGCAGCGGCAGCGGCAGCAGCUGGCCGUGACGGGAGGGAGCGGCGGCCUCGGUGCUGCGAACAACAACAGCAGCAACAACAACGCUGGUGGGGGUACUGGUACUGGUACUGCUACUACUACUACUGGUGGUGUUGGUGGUCGAGGCAGCGGUGGUAAUGCUGUCGGCGGCAGCGGGGGAGGAGGCAGCGAGUCGUCGUCUGCGGCGGGUAGGAUCAUGGAGCAGAGGCGGAAGCGCGAGAGGGACAGAGGAAGGAGUGGGAGCAGGCGGAGGAAGGGGGCGUGGAAGAAGCUGUUGUGGGUGAAGCAGUCGUAUCCUGAUAACUACACUGACGAAGAAACCUUCCUCGACCACCUCCAGCGAAAUCCGCGGCUCCAGCCGUACGAAUUCUGGCCAUUGGUUGGCGACUCGACGGUCAUCGUACAACACGUCAUGUCCGUGGCCAUCUGGUGCUCAUGCUUCUCUGGCAUUGUGCAGGCCCGUGUCACGCCCUUCAUGGUGGUCUGCACCGGCAGUGCUCUGACGGUCCUAGGCUGGCUUCUCUGGGAUUUUUGGGUCUCGGAGGAAGAAGACGCGGAGAGAACGGCGGAUGCGGUAGCCCAUGUGAUUACCGCCGCUGAAGCUGCCAAGAAUGAGGGUGCGCCUGCGGAGGAGGUAGCAAGCAGUGCAAGCUCUGCCAGCUCCGCCGCCGCUGCGGGACAGGGGAGCUCGGGCCUGGGUUUGUUGAUCCCAAAUGCAAAUGCUCCCGGUGCCAGGACAGGCCAUUCUAGAGGCGGCAGCUUGGCAUCUGUCGUCUCGAACGGCUCGGCAGUGUCGGCCAUCUCGACAGGUCAUCCUACCGGCGACCCGACAUUUGCAGCGGCAUAUCAAUCGCCGCACGGCGAGCCAAUGUCGCCGCGGAACCAGAGACGCUGGGCCACGAUUAAGUCGGCCGUGCUCAUUUACUGCGUGCUGCUCGGGCUGAGCCCAAUCCUCAAAUCCUUGACGAAGUCAACGACAAGCGACUCCAUCUGGGCAAUGACCAGCUUUUUGACGAUUAUCAACAUUUCUUUCUUUGACUACGGUGGCGGUGUGGGUGCAAAGUAA